AUGGGCCACGGAGAACAAGUUUCCAGUGGGAUCUCCUUAGGUGGGAUCCGAAUUGGCGCCACCAUAGCCUUGGGGUUGCUUGUGUGGGUAGUGAUCCACAGAUGGAGCCAGAGGAAGAAGAAGGGCCCCAAGACAUGGCCACUCAUCGGGGCCACUAUUGAGCAGAUGGUGAACUAUGAGAGGAUGCAUGACUGGCUCGCCGGCUACCUGUCAGAAUCGAGGACCAUCGCUGUGCCCAUGCCCUUCAACACAUACACUUACAUCUCUGACCCGUCCAACGUUGAGCACGUUCUGAAGACAAACUUCGCCAAUUACCCCAAGGUUAGAUAAAAUUUUUCCGUGCAUCAACUUAAUUCGUCGACAAUUGAUUUUGAGUUCGAUCAUUUGAUUAAUGGUCAUUAAAAUUACUUUUCUCUCAAUAUCCCAAUCUUAGAUCGACAUGAUUUUUCUCGAUUAUAGUUGGAUUCACAUAUCCAAUUUAUCGGCUUACUUCAUUUAUUUAAUUUUUUAUUUCUACCAUAGGUGCACGAUUAUCCAUCAGCGAUAUAGAUUAUCUCUUAUUUGUGUGUUUUUAACGUUAUUUAUCCUUGUCAUUAAUCUAUGUUAGAAAAGAUGCGUCAACUAACUUGUGUUGGGGGUUCACUCACUUGAAGGGGAAAGCAUACUACUCCUACAUGGAAGUACUUCUUGGGGACGGCAUCUUCAAUGCAGAUGGAGAGAUGUGGAGGACACAGCGGAAGACGGCGAGCUUCGAGUUCGCUUCCAAGAAUCUAAGGGAUUUCAGCACGAAGGUCUUCAGGGAGUACGCCGUGAGGCUCUCCGAGAUCCUUUGUUUGGCGUCCUCACACCAGCGACAGAUAGACAUGCAGGUCUCUGUGAAGAACAAUGCCCGUUCUUAGGAUGAAAACGUAUGAUAAAGUAGACGUAUUCCCCGUGAUUUAAUAUACGAUCAUAUUUUCAUAUGAUCUCAGAUAAAUUAUUCACAUUUUAUUUAACGUGAUAAGAUUAUUUCUUCUGUAUACUAAGAGUGCACAACAAUGUCUGCAGCUGAUCCUUCUCGUUCCAUGUUCGACCAUAAUAACUCAAACGCUUGACUUAUCCCUUGCCUUCCUGCAGGAAUUGUUAAUGAGGAUGACCCUGGAUUCUAUAGGUAAGGUGGGCUUCGGAGUAGAGAUAGGAACCUUCUCUCCGGAUCUACCGGAGAACCAAUUUGCGUCAGCUUUCGAUGCUGCGAACAUCAUCGUCACCCUCCGCUUCAUCGACCCUUUUUGGAGGGUAAAGAGGCUCAUGCGGAUGGGUUCGGAGGCCCUGCUCUGCCGAAGCAUUAAGAUCGUCGAUGGCUUCACUUAUGACGUUAUCCGCAAGAGGAAAGCUGAGAUCGAGAGAGCCCACAAGGAGGCCGGAACCAAAGAUAAGGUGUUAGAAUAGUCUUACUUUGAACUAGCAAAAUGAAAUUCUACAGUUAAAUAGAUGAGAAUAGUUUUCUCGUCUCCAACUAGUUUUGAGUAAGUCGGUCUGAUUUUCUCACGAGUCUUCAUAUUCCAUGCUGAAUUUUGUGGGUUUUAGGGAAAAUAUCUGACGCGCAUAGAUUUUCAAUGGAACAGGUUAAGGACGACAUACUGUCCAGAUUCAUCAAACUUAGCAAGGACCCUUCCAGCAACCUCACGGAGAAGAAUCUCCGAGAUAUCGUGCUCAACUUCGUGAUCGCCGGGAGAGACACGACGGCCACCACGCUCUGCUGGUUCAUCUACAUGAUCAUCGCACACUCUCAUGUAGCGGAGAAGCUCUACUCGGAGCUGGUGGAGUUCGAACAAGAUAGAGCCAGGGAAGAGAACGUGGCACUCGUCCCCUACAACGACCUGUCCGAUGCAGGAGCCUUCCAGGCGAGGGUGGUACAAUUCUCCGGGUUUCUGAAUUACGAUUCAUUGAUGAGGUUGUCCUACAUGCACGCCUGCAUCACGGAAACCCUUCGACUUUACCCUGCCGUCCCUCAGGUAUAAUGGGCCAUCCCUCUGCCUAGAACCCUCUCUCUCUCUCUCAAACGGUUUGGAUACUUCAUUUCUGUCAAGGAACUUCACGUUUAAAGAUUCAUUUUUUUAACAUGCAAUAAAGAAAUAAUCAACUUAGAUUCGUCUAUGGUGAUGUCUACAUGCCGCUGUUCACAGGAUCCAAAAGGUAUCCUCGAGGAUGAUAUUUUGCCGGAUGGGACCAAGCUAAGGGCUGGGGACAUGGUGACUUACGCUCCAUACGCCAUGGGAAGGAUGGAGUACAACUGGGGCAAAGAUGCACCUUCCUUCAGGCCCGAGAGGUGGCUCAAGGAUGGCGUCUUCCACGGCGUCUCACCCUUCAAGUUCACAGCUUUCCAGGUAUAGAGAGAGAAACCAGCAUAUAGCGUUGUGAGAGAAAUAACGCCCCUUUGAGCUUUAAGAUUAAUGGGGGGAUGCCAUUGACGAUGAUGACCUCUUUCUCAGGCUGGCCCCAGGAUAUGCUUGGGGAAGGACUCUGCGUACCUCCAGAUGAAGAUGACGCUCGCCAUUCUCUGCAGAUUCUAUGCCUUCAGCCUAGUGCCGGGCCAUCAGGUCCGGUAUCGGAUGAUGACGAUACUCUCCAUGGCCGAUGGAUUGAAGGUUACUGUCUCCACACGCCCUUAA